AGAUGUAAUCCAAGUGACAAAGCUACGCGUCGUAAUGUGAGAGCGUAAGAAGAAGAAGAAGAGUCGGCGAAUAGAAAAGGAAGAAGAUGACCUUCAUUCGUGAGCUGCUUGCUCUUUGCUCAUUCGUAUGAAGACAAGUCGAGCAAUCUGACGCGUCAGCACCUACAUUACUACUGUCCACUUGGGGAGCCAGAAGGACACGUUUCCUCUGGCGGACGUGGAGAAUCGGACAGGAUGGAAAGUCAUCAGCACCAGCGUGGACAAAGAAGAAACCCCGAGCAACGGCCGACGAAACGGCAGCGAGCCGUAAGCAUCGGCAUCGCACCGUCUCCAGAGACUCACGUUGCCGGAGCUGGAAUUUCUGGAGCCGGCGCUACCAGAGGCCUCGUAAUUAUGUGCGCUAUCUUCGUUUCCCUCGGUCUCAUCGUGGCCUGCGUAGUGUUCAUCAAAACCAAAGACGACUUCUAUUCCCCACCAGCAUCAAGUAGCAUUAUGCUGGAUUCAAACCCAGUUAUUUGCGUCUACAACGAUACUUUAGAAGCGCACAUCACGUUCCCAGAGGAUGGGCUGUGUAAUUUCGUCAUCUUUAUGUCCAUAUAUUACGUCCAAGGCGAAAACACAACAAGGAGACGUUCCGGAGAUGAACAGGAAAAAGGAACACUAGGAGAAUAUAACGCAGUUUGGAAAGAGUACCACAAAACAGCAUUUCUCGCCGGCUUCCCAUCGGAAUACGUGGACAAACCCCAAAUGAUUGCAUCGCAAGGAUUCGCUGAAGCCAUUGCCCAGUUCAGUCGCACGGCCAAUUGCAGAGGCCAUGGCAUCUUCUACGCGGUCAGCAGACUUGUGCAACUCGAGUCUUCUAUGCCCAAACUGCGUCUCUUCUUUCUGGCUCUUGUCGCUCAAAUGAGGUUGAUGGCGGGGGAUUCAUUCAUCCUGUUUUUUGGCCUGACGUUUGUGAACACGAGGGGUCGCUUUCCCGCCGAGUUCUUGCACUUAACCUCGCAUGCACAACUUUCUUGA